GAUAAUGCGAAAUAUAUUCGCAUACUGAUAACAGAUUCAAUAAACCGUUAUAUAAAUUCAAAGGUUCUACUUGCAGAACGCAGUAGGACUUUGGAAAUCGCUGUGAAAUGCAAAAUACACUCAAAUUCACGUGUCUCGGCUGCCUGCUCUUCAUAUUGCUGCCAUCAUUGGUUUUUGGAGAAGAUAACGAAGAAGAAUCGCUUUCAAUUUAUUUGGAUGUUGGAAAUGAAAUUAAAAACGUUAAGUUAGUCGAUUCACACGAAACGAAAUUGAACGAUUUCGAUGGUAAAUUACUAAGAAUCCAAAAUAUGUUGGAAAAUAUCGAAAAACGAUUUGUGGAGUUUGAAAAAAAUGUAAUAACUGCUAAGGAUGUCGAACAAAAAUUACAGGCUUUCAAGACUACUUUUGAACAGAGGCUGUCAUUAGUCGAAACAAAUUUGAUGUCUUCCACGAAGAUACAAGGGGAUUUUCGCCGAAGAAGACAUCACCACCAUAAUCACCAUCAUUUUAAUUGUAAUAAUUGAAAAUAGCCUAAAUUGAAUGGUACCUAUAGAGGGAUACUGAACAAAAUCCGCUUCCUAAAGAUAAAGCAGUUACAUAUAUUAUAUUGUUUGUAAUAACUAUAAAAUAAAUACCUAAUAACACGAA